UGAGUCUGCCCGUUCUCAUUUCCGGGUCAAAUCGCAGCAGAACAAAUGCGUUUCUUCUGAAUUGUUCUGCUGGAGCCCCGGUGGAUUCAAACAAGCACGAGCAGAGAUGUCUACCGCCCUUGAGAGUUACAUUAACCGGACUGUUGCCAUCGUCACUUCUGACGGUAGAAUGAUUGUGGGAACGCUAAAGGGCUUUGAUCAAACAAUUAACCUCAUCCUAGAUGAGAGCCAUGAGCGUGUGUUCAGCUCUUCCCAGGGGGUUGAACAGGUGGUUCUGGGACUGUACAUUGUCAGAGGCGAUAAUGUGGCUGUAAUCGGUGAAGUCGAUGAAGAGACAGAUUCUGCGCUGGAUCUUGGCAACAUAAGAGCAGAGCCACUCAACUCUGUGGCGCACUGACAUCUCGCAAACACACACAAGGACAGAAAAUUUUAUGUUCAAAUAAAAUCCCCUGGCUUCAAUUUACUGUUGGAAAUCUACAGACAUGGAAAAGCAACAACAUCAUUUGCUUUUUUUUUUUAAUCUUCAAGAAAAUAGUUAUUGCAAAU